AUGGAAGAAGGCGAGGACUAUAUCGCCGACGUAUCUUCGACCAUGGCUCUGACCCGCCGUGGCCAGGUGGCAGAGAGCAAAGGGCGCCUUCGCAUCUGCUCGAAGUCUUUGAUUUUCCAGCCUGAUGAUGUUGGAGCUUCCAUCUUGAAGUUUCCUUAUCGAUACGUGCGAAGCAUCGAGAACCCCGCCGAUGGGAGCUGCUUCAACAUCGAGUGCGAUCAGUUCAUUCAGGUUGCGACUAAGACCGGGGGAGCAGAGACGCGGAUCGUGACGCCUUUCACCAUUUUGAAGAGCAAGUUCUCGCCGAGCUUCCAGGUGCACUACGCGCGUGCGUCGGACUAUCGCCAGCUCGUGGAGCGCCUCCGGAGUGCGGCGUCUUCGGGCGCCUUCCACACGGAGGUGCGGCGCAUCCUUGCAGAGGUCACAGCUGAUGUCCAGUUCGACUUGAGCCGCCUGGGCCACCGGGAGACAGCGUUGCUUCCUGGUGGCCUCUGGGUGCGGCAGGUGGAGCCCUUGCUGGAGGUGAGGGGCCUGCUCCAGCUCUCCACGGAGGGCAUCUACUUUCAGCCGCAUCCGAACUUCUCCUCGGAGCCGGUGAAGCAGGUGCUGCUGAGCGACGUGCUCCACGUGUUUCGCCGCGUGUAUGGUGUGCAGGCAAAUGCCCUCGAGAUCAUCACCGUCCAUGGUGGCUGCCUGUACUUGUGCUUCGAGGCUCGAGGUCAGUGUGAGCAGGUGUCCUCGCUGCUGGAGGAGCAGCGGCGUGUGCUUGCUUCCCAAGGCACAAGCCCCUCUGCACAGCUGCUGAGGUCUACGCUGACCGAUGCAGAGAACAUCUUGCAGAACGUCCGCAAGAUGACCGCCCUGUGGCAGAGUGGAUUGCUCUCGAACUUCCACUACCUAGACUUCCUGAACUGCGCGGCGGGGCGGUCCAGGAACGACUUCUCCCAGUAUCCAGUCUUCCCCUGGGUCCUUGCCGACUACAGCAGUCCACAGCUCAAUCUGGAGGACGUGCGUUCCUACCGCGACCUGACGAAGCCGGUGGGAGCGCUGUCCGAGAAACGUUUGAGCUACUUCCGCGAGCGCAUGGCCGGCAUGGACGGGGAGGACAAGUUCCUUUAUGGGACGCAUUACUCCACACCUGCGUAUGUGAUCUACUGGCUGCUGCGGGCUAUGCCGGAGAGGAUGCUGCGCUUGCACAACGGGCACUUCGAU